AUGGAUUUACUGUCGGAUGCUAACAAUUUGGCGGCCGUUCAACAACUUCUUCGUACCAACCCCCUCUGGGCAUCUAGCUAUCUUACGAAUAUGUCGCCAUUUAUGGUUGGCCAGCAACUAUCAUCUAGCGCUCUUUCAUCAACAGUACCAACAACUACCUCAACAACAUCAAGUGAAACCAUUCCCUCAUCAUUACCUCAACUGCUCUUAACCGGUUCAUCAACUACAGCAUCUCCUAUGUCAUCAUUACCGUUCUUAUUGCCAGCCAGUAGUCUGUCUACAUCUUCAGGCUUAUUAACAACAGCUCAAGUGCCAUCAACAGAAAAAUCGGAAUAA